UUUAACACGUCGUGCUUCUGCCUCGUUAAAACACCAGGAAUUGCUACUGACAAGUGUGGGGGAGUCUCAGCAGAGAGAUAUGUUGGCUAUGAAGUUGGUGUCUCCACCAGCAGCACCACCAAUGGGGGUGACCAUGGCAAAGAAAUGUGGGAGUCUCAGUGCUUUGGCUGAUAAAACUGGUGGAGGUGGCCGUACCGGCACUGGGUUCCCGUCAUUUCUUCCUAAGGAGGUUGAGAAAAUCAAAGACCCAUUUUCCCGAACUUUGGCUCAGAGAAUAGAGAGGCUUCCUGUACAGAUUGGAUCUUCUGAAAGUUGUAUAAUGAGUAGUGUUGUGAAACCGCUUAUACAAAGUGAGACCAAUCCGGUGGUUCUCCUCCACUGUUUUGACAGUUCUUGUUUAGAAUGGAGGUGCACAUACCCUUUGCUUGAAGAGGCUGGUUUGGAGGCUUGGGCUAUCGAUGUUCUUGGAUGGGGCUUCUGUGAUUUAGAAACGCUUCCACCAUGUAAUGUGGCAUCCAAGCGUUACCACCUUUAUCAGCUCUGGAGGUCCUACAUCAAAAAGCCAAUGAUAUUAGUUGGACCAAGCCUUGGUGCUGCUAUUGCGAUUGACUUUGCAGUCAAUUAUCCAGAAGCUGUUGAAAAGCUAGUUUUGAUUAAUGCAAGUGUUUAUGCAGAAGGCACAGGAGACCUGGCCAAGUUACCUAGAAUAGUAGCAUAUGCUUUGGUGUCUUUAUUGAAAAGCAUCCCACUACGCCUUUAUGCAAAUAUAUUGGCCUUCAAUGGCAUGUCUUUAGCCACAAGCUUAGAUUGGACUAAUGUGGGUCGCUUACACUGUCUACUCCCUUGGUGGAAGGACGCCACCAUUAAUUUUAUUAGUAGCGGGGGCUAUAAUGUUAUUGCCCAAAUAAAACAGGUAAAGCAGAAAGCACUUCUCAUUUGCGGUGAGGAUGAUCAGAUAAUCCGCUAUAAGCAAGUAGUGAGGCUGCACUGUGAACUUCAGGAUGCCAUUAUGCGGAAAUUACCAGAUUGUGGUCAUCUCCCUCAUGUCGAGAAGCCCAGGUCCGUGGCAAAGUUAAUUGCAGACUUUUCUCGAGCUGAUUGCUGCUGAGAGGUUCAUUGCAGAUUUUGCUGGAACUUAUCCCCUGCUACAAAGCCCUACUCUUUUAUCUUGCUCGAGCUCCACAUAUAAAAUGGAAAAACAUCCUCUCCAUUUCAAAAUCCCUCUAUUUCUUUCAUUUAGUGUAUUUUGAAAGGUAUUGCAUUUAAUACACUUCCGUUUCCAUUAAAAUUUUUUAACAACACUACCCUUCAAAAUGCAUUAAAUAGAGAAAAUUGAGAGAUUUUGAAAUGGAGAGGAUCCGUUUCCAUAUAAAAUUUGGUUCAAUUAUGGAAUUGGUAGAAUGAUAAUUAAAUGUAUAGAUUUACAUAUUCAUAUCAGUUUAGUCUUUUAGAACAAGUGUGAUUUGAUCUAGUAUAAGAGUAAAAGUUUUAAGUUUGAACUUUGUUUUUGUAAUUUACGUCU